GCCUGAUUUCACCACACGCAAUGGGCAAAUGCUGCAAGUGCAACGGGAGGCUGCUUUGCAUGUGCUUGCUGCCUUGCAUGAUGACCGGCCAUCUUCUGAUUUAUAUCAUGGUGACCAUAUUUGUCACCAUCUCCUACGCUCCCCCGAAAAUGACCAUUCACUACAUUGCUCCAGGGAUUUCGGCAAAUUCCAGUACCUUGGCCUCUCAUCCCCUUAGCCCCUUCUGGAACCUUCAUCUGGAGCACAAUGCGCUGUGGAACCAGUUGCAGCACUCCUUGGACCGUCACUACAAUCCAAUAUUACGAGGAAAUGUGACUGGGACAUUGAGUGAGCCCAAAGCAAAAAGUUCAAGUCAUAUUAGGAAUGGAUGUCUCAAUGCUUGUGUGUCACGCACGUGUUCAGACCCUCAUCUGUAUGAUGUCAACAGUAUUCCAGAAGAGAUGAGAACAUUUGUCAGAUCAAUGCAUUGCAGGAGUUAUCCAAUCCUUAUCAAUCAACCCACUAUGUGCAAAAAGAAUGGGACGAAAUCAAGUCUUGACUAUCCAAUGCUCCUCAUAGCCAUCAAAUCUCAACUGGGGAACUUUGAAAACAGGCAAGCCAUCCGUGAAACAUGGGGGCGCAGUGGGUUUGUGACAGGGGAGUUCGAGAAAAAAGGCGGAUUUGUGCGUACUGUGUUUCUGCUUGGAAGGCAGGACUCCAGUACAGGACCUCACCCGGACCUGAAAAACUUUCUGGACCUCGAGAACCAAAAAUACGGGGACAUCCUCCAGUGGGAUUUUCGGGACACUUUCUUUAACCUGACCCUGAAGGACUUGCUGUUCUGGCAUUGGCUCCAGCAAUACUGCCCCACGGCUGUAUUUAUCUUUAAGGGGGACGAUGAUGUCUUUGUCCGAACUGGUGCUCUUCUCACUUACUUAAACAAGCGGUGGGAAGAACACAAACUGCGGCGGGCCAUUCCAGAUGAACCUCACAUGGAUUUGUUUGUGGGAGAUGUCAUUAAUAAUGCAGUGCCCAACCGGGAUCCAUCUACUAAAUACUACAUACCAGAAAGUUUCUACAAAGGUGCCUACCCAACAUAUGCUGGAGGAGGAGGGGUGGUGUACUCUCGCUCACUUGCAUUUCGACUAAAAGAAGUGUCCCAGAGGGUUUGUCUCUUCCCAAUCGACGAUGUUUACCUGGGAAUGUGCCUGUUAAGACUCGGGCUCUCUCCAAGUCACCACCCAGGUUUUUUAACAUUUGAUCUCCCGGAGACAGACAGGGAAAAUCCCUGCGCUUAUAAAUCCGUGCUGCUCGUUCACAGGCGCAGUCCGAAAGAAAUGUUGACGUUAUGGCACAAGUUGCAGAAUCUGCACACUCAAUGUUGACUCUAUUUGGAUUCAUUAGGAUGAACGCGGCCAUGAAGAUUUGAAAUAUGACCUUCAGGCGCCUGUGCGGUUCUUUGAAAUGGACAAUAUCCUCUCAAAUAGUUUGUAUGCCAGCAGUGUAGUUGUCCAGUGGUUUGCAAUAAUUUACUGGACGUCAGCUCGGGGAGACGAAAGCCCCCUGUGAUCCUCAACAGGCCAAUCGGUUGAGUGGAUUGUACCAUUUCUGCUCAUAAUUAUGCAAAUUAAAUCUGAUCUAGUUUAAACAGUCUUAAAAAGGACAACAUAAUAGUUAUUAAAUCCUUUUACAGACUUAUGAUUCAAUAGUAUAUUUGGACCCUUUCAAGAUUGACUUUAACUUCUAUGAUCGUAAAAUACAUGAUAGUAAAAAUGAUCACUUCACAAUGUAUCUGUGCUAUGUAAUGCUGCGUGUGUUUUAAAUGGCUUAACUUGUGAUAGUAAUACGGUGAAAAGUGUUUUACUUUAGUGAUUUAUCUGAACGAUACUUGACAUUUCUUGUGCAUCCUCACUCCAUACUGGUCAAGUGGGUCACCACAGAUGUG